CAAGGUCACUCAUCCUUGCACAAUAUUUGGGUCUUGUCAGGCUGAGAAUUCUGAGAAAAAAACAACCCAACAGUGAAAACAGAUGUUCAAGAAUUGGGCAGUGUGGAUUGCAAGGAGCACUGGGUUAAAGCUAAGUGACCCAGCCAUGACCGGCAAAACACAGACUAGCAAUGUUACCAAUAAGAAUGACCCCAAGUCAAUCAACUCCAGAGUCUUCAUUGGCAAUCUGAACACAGCCAUUGUCAAAAAAGGUGACAUAGAGGCAAUCUUUGCAAAGUACGGAAAAAUAGUUGGCUGCUCAGUGCACAAAGGCUAUGCAUUUGUACAGUAUAUGAGUGAGAGGCAUGCGAGGGCUGCGGUGGCAGGAGAGAAUGCCAGGAUCAUUGCAGGACAACCACUUGAUAUCAACAUGGCAGGAGAACCAAAACCAUACAGACCAAAACCUGGAAACAAGCGGCCACUUUCAGCUCUUUACAGACUUGAUUCAAAGGAACCUUUCCUGUCUGUUGGAGGUUAUGUCUUUGACUAUGAUUACUACAGAGAUGAUUUCUACAAUCGAUUGUUUGAUUACCACGGUCGUGUCCCACCACCACCUCGUGCAGUGAUACCACUGAAGCGCCCUCGUGUGGCCAUGACAGCAACUCGUAGAGGGAAAGGGGUUUUUUCCAUGAAAGGGGGAUCGCGAUCAACGUCUAGUGGGGCAUCUUCUUCAGGAUCCAAAUUGAAAUCAGAUGAGUUGCAAACAAUCAAGAAGGAAUUAACCCAAAUCAAAACAAAAAUUGACUCCUUGCUAGGGAGACUGGAGAAGAUUGAAAAACAGCAGAAGGCUGAAGCAGAAGCUCAAAAGAAGCAAAUGGAAGAUAAUGCUGAGUUGAUCCAAGAGGAAUGCAUAUCAGAGAAUGCAGAUAACUCUACAGAAGAGCCUAUUGAAGUAGGGCCAGAUGCAGAUGGGGAUGGAGAAGAGAUGACUGAUGGAAUAGAGGAGGAUUUUGAUGAGGAUUGCAGCAAUGAGCUGUUUCUACAGAUCAAGUGAUGAGGUGUCAUGUGUGAGCCCCUUGGAGGCUGAGAAGAGAAACUGUGACUUCCCCUUUCCACUCCCCCACAGAAAUGUGAACUGCGGUUUCUUACUGGCUAGCAACACCUUUGAUUCAAUUUGUAUGAAAACUCACUUUACUUAUUAAAAUGGACAUUAUUGUUCAAACCUUAGAAAUUUCAUUUCUUAUAUGUUCUAAGCUGUACAACUGUCAGAUUUUUAUGGUUUAGAUUGUAAAUGUGUUUUUCUCUGGCUAAUUAUUGGUAUUAUUUGUUUUUAAUUUUGAUGUCUUAAAGGCCAAGGUACUGUAUGAUAAUAAUAUGAAGGACAUAUUUAAGAGGCGUGAGAGACACUGUAUACAAAUGUAUAUUUGUAAAAGCUAUUUUUAUGAUUAGCAUGUUUUACUGUUUAUCAUAUUUAAAGUCAGUUGAUAUUGCAUUUCUAUGUUUAUAGCUUAAUUCAGACACAGUCAUGUUAUGAUCAAAGACUUAUGCUCAAUCAUGUUGUAUGGUAUUUUUCAUUACUUUUCAUUAUAUUCAUAGUUUAAGAUAAUUAUGUUUACUAGUAGGGAUAAUAUUGAAAGGCAAAGUAAUCGUUCUGCUCUGUUCAUGCACUAUUUCACUGUAAUUGCUAAAAAGUGCAAAUAUGUCAAAUAUCAGAUCAAUUGAUAAACUGUAAAUUAGACCCACUUGUUAAUCCCUUUUUUCAAACAAGCACUCUCUGUGAUGCCAUAGAUUAGCACAGUUAUUUCAUCUGUAUCCGUUACUAUCUCAAAGCAGUUUGUUGUUACCUUAUGGAAAAGUUUACAUGCCAGUGAAUGUCCUAUCCAAACUGUAUUCCAGACAGGUGAAUGUUUUAUAUAUUGCCAAUAUUUGAACAUUACAUUAGAUUAUCAAUUGUUUUGUUUCACUUUCAGUCAAUAGGAUAGUUCCAUUCCUCAAUCUCUCAAGCAUUCUCCACAUGCUUGAAGAUAGAAUAAUCCAUUCUCACAGAGGCUGUAGGGGAAUUCAGUAUAUAAUUUCUUAAUAAAUCAUGUUUC